AUAUAUUCAAGGAGACUGCACAGUUUCAGUGGUAUGAAACCCCCCAAACGAAGCACCCAUCAUGGCUUCCGUAUCUGAAGACGCUGCAGAACACGAUACCCAUACUAAAGUUUUAGCAGACAUGGAAGACGAAGAUCUUUUCGAGAUCAAUCUCGAGGCCGUGGACAGCAUCCCUCCACCGCAUUACUGGGAUAGCUAUUUCACGGCCACCGGAAAUGCACUACUUGCCAAUUGCCUCCUGCCCAUAUCGGAUGUCUCCGGCGCUGUUCCAAUCGUGUCCAAAGAUGUUUCCGGCACUGUUCCGGGGGUAUCAAAAUUGUGUAGCGCAUUGUCGUUGGCAGGGACGGCUAACUUUGUCAUGAUCACCGAACCGAUGCCCUUAGGUGAGCUUCUUAGGUUGCCUUUCAUGGGGGCUUUUGGGGUACCCCGAAGGCAAAUGAAAGCCUAACAUAAUAACUUUGGCUAAUAGCCGUGUUGCCUUAACGCUAAUAUAACUGCUGUCACUGUAAACGAAAUUCAUUUGUUCCACAUGAAAACUCAAAAGGAAAUGUUAA